CCUCCUGCGUCGACGGGCUUGGGUGGCUUAAUGGGCCUCCAGGUCCGCCCAGGACCAAGUCCAGGCCCCCGGUAGAAAUAUCUCGCGCGGUUUGGUCUGCCUGUUGGCGGUUGCCACCUCCACCAAUGAACUGAUCUCAACCGUUUUUCCAAUAACCAGGCAAGAGAGGGAGGGUGUGUGGAGUGAAAACAGUUGAAAGCCGCCGCAGAUACCAUUAGUCCACCAUGUUAUCUUUCUCUUGGAGUUGGAGGCAGAGUCUCACGCUAUCGCCUUCUCCAUUUGAUUUCUCCAACAGACCGGAUCGCAACAGAGCCGGUCCUUCUCUUGUUGUCCAUGCCAGCGCAGAGAACAACGACAACGGUGAGGACGGGAAGAAGAAGAAUAAGAAGGUGGUGAUUGUUGGCUCUGGUUGGGCCGGCCUCGGUGCAGCUCACCAUCUCUGCAAGCAGGGUUUCGAUGUGACGGUUCUUGAAGAUGCAGACGAUUAUGGCAGUCCCGACUCAAUUGGUAUACAAGGCUUUUGGUACCCUUACCAGAACAUCUUCAGCCUCGUCAAUGAGCUUGGGAUCAAGCCCUUUACAGAUUCGAUGAAGUCUGCUCUCUAUUCACGUGAGGGGCUAGAGGUUGAGUUUCCGAUAUACCAAGAUCUGCCUCAGUUGCCUUCUCCCUUGGGAGCCUUAGUUCAUACUCAAUUUUUUCGACUGGACUUGGUGGAUAGACUGACGUCAGUUUCUCUAAUGGCUGCAGUGGUGGACUUUGACAACACUGAUACUGCCUGGAGAAAGUAUGAUCCAAUUACUGCCAGGGAGCUUUUCAGACAGUUUGGCUUCUCAGAGAAGCUCUAUCAGGAUGUAUUUCGUCCAAUGCUUCAAGUGGGUCUCUUUGUGCCACCGGAGCAGUGCAGUGCUGCUGCAACUCUGGCAAUGCUAUAUUACCUCAUCCUUGCUCACCAGAAAGAUUUUGAUGCUGUGUGGUGUCGGGGGACAGUCAAAGAAACAAUCUUCAAGCCGUGGAAGGAUAUCAUGAGGACUCAAGGUUGUGUGUUUUUAGAGGGUCGAAGCGUGACAGACAUAAUGUUCGAUGAGGUGACAGGCUGCAUAUCACGAAUAGCUUGUGGGGGAGAAAGCCUUAACGCAGAUGCAUUCAUUCUAGCUGUCAGAAUCUCCACGAUUCAGGAUAUUAUCAAGAACAGCUCAGUAUUACGCACAAGGAAUGAAUUUCUGAAAGUCAUGAACUUGGCCAGUGUUGAUGCACUCAGUGUCAAGCUUCGACUUGAUGGGAAAGUUACCCUUCCCAAUGCGACCAAUGUUUGCUCUGGGGAUGACAACUGCUUUGGAUGGACCUUCUUCGACUUGAAUGCACUCCACGACGAGCAUAAAGGCAAUCCUAUGCAAGUCAUACAAUCGGAUUUUUAUUAUGCCAAUGAACUGCUGGUGCUCAAGGAUGAGCAUUUAGUUGGGAAAACUAUGUUGUACCUUGCUGAUGUUGUGAAGGAGUUUGGGAAUUCUACUGUGGUGGAUAGGGAAAUUAGUAGAUUUCCAAAGUCCUUAACUCAUUUCUUCCCAGGUUCGUAUGGUUACAUGAUGCGUGGUUCUACAUCUUUCCCAAACUUGUUCAUGGCCAGAGACUGGAUUGUCAACCGUCAUGGUUCAUGGUCACAGGAGAAGUCUUACGUCACGGGGCUCGAAGCCGCCAACCGUGCAGUGGACUAUCUCGAAUAUGGAAACUUUGCUAAAAUCAUACCUGUGGAGGAAGAUGAGCAGCACAUCCAAGCACUUCGCGGCCUCAACCGACGCUUCGGCGAGAUCAGAGCUCAACUCCCGCUGCCCAGUAACUUCCUUUGGUGAAAGCAUUUUGUU